UUAGCCAGAAAUCUCUCUAUAAAGAGGAGAAGCAUCAUUAAUUUCCUCAAAUAUUCCCUCCCCUUUCUGGCUUUCACUGCCAUCACCCCACUGUUUUAAAAAGCCUCAAAACAUCUUUAUGAUCGCCAAACUUCCAAGCUUCUCGUUUUUGGGCACACAAUGGAGACAGAGAAGAACCAGAAAUUACCAGUCUUGAACCAGAAACGUCCGGCAAUGACCAAGAAAGGAGCUUAUGCUGCCAUUUCGUAUAUGGCCUCCGCAGUUCUCUUGAUAAUGUUCAACAAAGCAGCCCUUUCUUCAUACAAUUUCCAAUCUGCGAAUGUCAUCACUCUUUUUCAGAUGGUAUCGUCAUGUGCAUUGCUGUAUGCAAUGAAAUACUGGAAGAUUAUUUCUUUCACAGUCGAGCCACAUAGCACUACGAACAAUCCAGUUAACCUUGUACCAUUGAAGACGUUGGUACACACUCUUCCUCUCGCGAUGUCUUAUUUGCUUUACAUGUUGGUUACAAUGGAAUCAGUCCGUGGUAUAAAUGUUCCCAUGUACACCACCCUUAGACGAACCACUAUAGCUUUUACAAUGGUCGUUGAGUAUAUUUUGACGGGGCAGAAACAUUCAUAUCGUGUUUUGGGCAGUGUGGGGAUAGUUAUACUGGGUGCAUUUAUUGCUGGAGCUCGGGAUCUGUCAUUUGAUGCCUAUGGCUAUGCUGUUGUCUUUGUUGCAAACAUCUCUACAGCAAUAUAUCUUGCUUCUAUAGCUCAUAUUGGUAAAUCAAGUGGUCUUAGUACGUUUGGCUUAAUGUGGUGCAAUGGAAUAAUAUGUGGACCAGUCUUGCUGUUUUGGACAUCAAUCCGAGGUGAUCUAACAGGGAUGAUGAACUUCCCACAUAUAUUCUCCCCUGGUUUUCAGGCCGUGAUGCUUCUUUCCUGUGUUAUGGCUUUUUCAAUAAAUUAUUGCGUGUUUUGGAAUACAACCCUCAAUUCAGCUCUCACACAGACAAUUUGUGGUAAUAUGAAGGAUCUUCUGACUAUUGGACUUGGCUGGUUGCUAUUUGGCGGACUUCCAUUUGAUUUGUACAAUGUUGCUGGCCAAUCUCUGGGUUUUCUCGGGUCCUGUUUGUAUGCUUACUGUAAACUCAGAGGGAAAUAAGUGGCUGCGUAAGGUUCUUCCUUCAUCGAGGAGGUAAGUGCUCCAGUGACUGGGAAUGACUUGCGGCAUCCGCUGUCAAAUUUUGAUUUGUAAUAUCAGAUACUUGACAGUUCAUCUUUGCCAACUUCAGAUAACUAGGUCAACUCAUUUGGUACCUUUCCUUUAAGUUUACAAUAUUAUUGAGUACUAUGAACUCUCUUCCCUUGCUUCAAUAAUUUCAGGAGAACGAUCUUAAAUGAAAUUGAAAUCUAAAUCAAGCAGCCCAAAAAAAGCUAGAAAAGCUUUUUUUGGGAUGAUAGUACUCAUAGUAGUACUAUUAUCUAUUUUGGGCUAGCUGGAAGCUAAGAGUCUGAAGAUUCCGGUGUUGAAUGAAUGUAAUGACAUUCUUGGUACCGAAAAAAUUUCGAUCAGUACUCACUUUAUCAUCAUU